AUGAGUAUGGACGACAUGAGCAUGGUCAUGGGCAUGGUCAUGGGCACGGGCAUCGUUGCAUGGGCUAGAAUCAUUUACCGAGUCUGGAAGGUUAUGGAUGGUGACCUCUCCAGCCACGUGUGGCCAGCGCUGAGGUGGCACAUCACCAAGUCCAAAAGAAUAACUAGGUACCUUGGGCUUCGGCGCAGCAGUUGA